AUGGAUACGGUAAACAAUUAUAGGGUUUUAGAGCAUAAAGCUGCUGGCCACGACGGUACUCUAACAGACGGUGAUGGAUUGCUCAUCUUUAAACCGGCCUUUCCGCAGGAACUGGAAUUCUACAAAGCCAUACAAGUGAGAGAUGUGAGUCGAAGAAAGUCUUCGGCUGAUGGAGAUGCUCCCUUGUGCUCUUGGAUGCCCACGUAUCUUGGAGUCUUGAAUGAAGGGGCAAAAAUCGAGCAAAGUGGCGAUGCUGCGCUUCUGAAGAUAGAUGAGCGGUUAAGUGAUUCCACUGAUAAUCUUGAUUCAAUACCUGUAAAGUCUGAGAAGUCCAAGCAAUACCUCGUUUUAGAAAAUCUACUAUAUGGAUUUAGUAAACCUAAUAUACUUGAUAUAAAAUUAGGCAAAACUUUGUAUGAUUCGAAGGCAUCAUUGGAAAAAAGAGAGAGAAUGAAAAGAGUCAGUGAGACGACGACUUCAGGAUCUUUGGGUUUCAGGAUAUGUGGCAUGAAAAUACAGAAAAAUCCCUCUGUGCUGAAUCAGCUUUCGCUCGAAUAUUACGAAGAAGAAGCAGACAGUGAUUAUAUCUUUAUAAACAAAUUGUAUGGUCGUUCAAGAACCGAUCAAAAUGUUUCAGAUGCAAUUGAACUUUAUUUUAACAAUCCUCAUCUGUCGGAUGCGAGAAAGCAUCAACUGAAGAAAACAUUUUUGAAAAGAUUGCAGUUGUUUUAUAAUACUAUGCUAGAAGAAGAAGUUAGAAUGAUAUCAAGUAGUCUUUUGUUUAUUUACGAAGGAGACCCGGAGCGAUGGGAAUUACUAAAUGAUGUUGACAAACUUAUGCGAGAUGAUUUUAUAGACGAUGAUGACGACGAUGAUGAUAAUGAUGAUGAUGAUGAUGAUGAUGCCGAGGGAAGCAGCGAAGGACCAAAGGACAAAAAAACAACUGGUUCUUUGAGUUCCAUGUCACUAAUAGAUUUUGCACAUUCUGAAAUAACGCCGGGGAAGGGUUAUGAUGAAAACGUGAUUGAAGGAGUUGAAACCUUGCUAGAUAUUUUUAUGAAAUUCUAG